UACGCUUUUCCCAGUCAAUCAUCUGGAACCACUGCCCCUCUCUCAAGGUUGGGUGACUUUCAUUCUAACCCAACCAACCCGCCCAAACCCUUGGAUUCUUGGGAUCUGCGGAUUGCUCUCGGACCCGGCCUGCCUGCCUGCCCGUUGGUCGAUGAUGACCUCGAUUGAAUCGGAUUUGCCCGCCUUCUUGGCGGGCUCCACCGGUGGCCACCCGUCGCAAUGGCUCCAAAGUUCGGCCUCGGCCCGUCAACUGCACGAGUGCGCGUUCCGCCUCUUGUCGCAAGCGCCGGCCGCGGCCAAGCGGGCCGUCUUGGAUUUCUACGCCCAAGUACUAGAGCACGUGGCCGGUCUCUAUUUCCGGAAGAAGCGCGAAGGCCGCGAGUACGGCGAGGGGCGACGCGUUUUGGACCGGCUUAAGGCCCAUUUGGACGAACUGGUGCGAGCCCAACGCGGCUUUUGGGCACCCACCGUGGCCGAUUGGGCCUUGACCUGUUUGGGCAGUCUGUCGGCCAAAUACUCGGACAAGGUUUUGGCCGGAUUGCCAGCCGCAAACGCACUCUCCCUGCACGAAACCUUGCCCCUGUGGCUCAGUUGUCACGCCACCCAAACCCUCAUCGACAUCACUACCAGUGGAAUUGACGUUGGCUUGAAAGCCAACGAUAUCAAAGCCACCGAAACGGCCGUUUCCACCUUGCUGGACACGUCGGUCAAGCAUUCGCCCCAUUUUGAUUGGGUGGUGGCCCAUAUUGGCAGCUGCUUUCCUGACACAAUCAUAACGCGGGUUUUGAGCGUGGGAUUGCGCGACUUUGUUCAAUAUGCCGCCGCUCAACAGAAGAAGGAUGGCCAGUUUAAUGUGUCCAAAAUCCCCAAGAUCAACUCGGUUGUGGGCAUUCUCGGGCAUUUGGCCGCCACGCACCAGCCCGAGAUCGAAACCGCUUUGACUAGAAUGGUGAUGGACAGUCUGAACCAGCCCAAAAAGACCAUGAGUCCCGAAGAUGUGGCUAUGGUUCCAUUUGUUUUGUAUCUGGCUUCGCUGUCUGAGAUGCUAGUACCCAUCUUAUUGGCAGACAUCCGUGCUAAAACGACCCCGGAUAUUGCACAGAAGGUGGCGUAUCUGUUCGAGCAAUGGGAGGAUCAGUACUUUCCGGAAGACGACUCGUUGGUCAAUUUAGUGGUUCAUCUGAUUGUCAUCUCAGAAUCACAUUCACCCGCCGUCCUCAGUCUUCUGUUGGAUUUGGGAUCGGGUGAAAACGACCGAAGAGAGGUUCAAAAUGGGGCUCGGCUCAUUGUGGAUCUGAUCUUGGCUGAGCUUCUCUCCAUGGUUCAUCAAACGCCCAAACAUUUUUCAGAAGAUAUUCCCGUUCUUAAAGGCUUUGCCUCGUGCUACGAAUCGUUCCUCGAACGGUAUCUCUUAAGUGAAGACCCAUUUCAGCGCAAGUCCGUGAUCCUUCUACUCAAUUACCUCUCACUCUAUCAAGGACGGACCGUGGCUGUGAACGUGGUCAAAUAUUGUUUGGAUCACGCCGAAAGUCCUGAAGAGCUCGGGAUUAUGCUGGAAUUUCUCAAGGAUACUGAACUAUGGAUAACCGAUGUGGUAAAGGUCGCUGUGAGUCAAAGCAUCAAAGCUAAAGGCCGUGAUCCCAAACUGUUUCUGAUAAAUCUCGCCCAAGUGCUUCACUACCAGUCCCUGCCGAUCUCAGAUCAAAAGAUUAAGGUUCUUUCCCAAUUUGCUGUACCCGUUCAAGAGCAUAUUGAAGGACUGCUUCCCAUGCUGUCAAUUUUGGAGCUGGUCCCGCACGUAUUGAAGGUCCUGCAUUUUGUGCCCAUCCAAGCUGAGGCCAUAUCUAUAUCUGGUCUUCAUCGUAUUUGUCACUGUUUCGUUCAAACCAUUUUCAAUCUGAUUCAGGACGAGAACACUUUCAAGCCUUCGGAAAAGAUCAAAUUAAUCAGUCUUUGCGUCAAGACCUUGCUAACUCUCUCCAAAGUUCCUGUUGCUCUAGCCAUCACUACUCGUUUCCUGGUGGAAGGCGCUUUUCAUUCCAAGUUCUCUGAACUGUUCGGGGGUCGAGGAGCGGAUGGAUCCAAGAGCAAAGGCACCCUAAGAGGGCGGGUCAAGCUGAUUGACGAGAAUCUGAAGUUUGGCUCAAUGCCCACACAUCCCAUGGGAACUUCUACGGCGUUUCACGCAGGCAUCAUUGGUGAAGGCAAGCGUCCCACUAUGAAAUCCAGUCUUCUUUUGCCCAAGCAGAUUGACGAGAAUCAGUUCCUCUUCGUCACAGUUUUGUUCAAGAUCUGCAAUCAUGGAACACGGGAUGAAUCCAAAGAGGCUUGCAAGCAGCUAGCCUUACUUUUGGUCGAAAUCUUCUCGCCUGAUGUCAUGUACAACGGCCUCCCUUGGCCAGAGGAAGAGUUCAUGAAGGUCACGGUGGAGCGUGACCUGAAAAUCGCCAAAAAAGUCGAAGCCCAUCCGUUGGUUUGGAAGAUCUUGUUCGGUCUUGCCGAAGCGCGGCCUUCGCUGUGCUACACAUCCGUGCUCAUUCGAGGUCUAAUGGCCGUUCAAUUAAGCUUCUGGCAAGCGUCCGUGUCCGUGAAGGCCGCAGAUUGUCCCAAACAAUUAACGGACCUCAAGAAAAUCCUGGAACUCAUGUCAGUGGGUCAGUUCUUGCCUCACCCUUUGAAUUCAGUGUCGGAUGUGAUCCACGUGUUCCACGCGUUUCAUGUCCAUUGUGUCGUCGUUGACAUUUGGAACUUUAUGCGGGAUAAUGUUCCCAGUCCUGUGGCAUUCGCGUCCAACAGUGAAGGAGUCCUUUUCCGAGAAUUUGAGCCGUACAAGAACUAUCAGGACUAUUGCGCACGUUUAAGACUGAUUAUGGUGGAGCAUAUUGAUCGGGUUCCCUUGGAAUUUAAACGGUUCUUUGUAGACGUGUCCUUGAAAAACGAGGCGUCCUUACAUAUUGCUAUGGAAUACUGACAAUAUAGGACUACGUUCCACUAACAUGUAUUUUGGGAAAAAAGUGUUACUCCAAAUAUAAGGCAAGCGAA